AUGGCUAUAGGCGGACCCCUCUCUGCGCUAGUCAUCAAACGAUUUGGACAUAAAAUAUCGAAAACAAGAAUUAGAAAAAUAUUUGAAUCGAUUGCACUCAUAGGACCGGCUAUUUGUUUGGCCAUAAUUACGGGAAUGGGAUGUAAUUCGACAGCAGUGGUGGCACUACUUAUUACUGCAUUAUUUUUGUAUGGAUUGUUUACUGGCGGGGAGUUUGUCAUAUAUGGCGAGAUCGCACCCGACUAUUCGGGAACAGUGUUUGGUAUUGCGGGCACAUUGGGUGCCAUACCUGGGUUUGUGGCCCCAUAUGCUGUCGGUGUUAUUCUUGGAGAUAGUCCUGGUGAGUUGCAUCGUUGGAAUACCGUGUUCUACAUCACAAUAGGUCUGUACAUAUUGGGUGCCCUGGGAUUCGAGUUGUUCGCAUCGGCAGACCCACAGCCAUGGGGUCUCAUCCAGAGGGAGGGGUCACCGAAAGCACCAAAACAUACGUGUCAUGACAAACAUUGCGAAUAUCAAUGCAAACACUGA